AUGCGUCUCUUUCGCGAGCGAACUAAUUUGUACGCUGCACAGAAGAACACGGACCUGUCCGUUACAGAAGAUGAAAUCUUAGUCCUGUUAGGAGGUCUUCUGUUAUCAGGAUAUGCCAAGUACCCAAACAAAAUGAUGUUCUGGUCUCGACAGAGUGACACUCCAACGAUCCUUGCUGACAGCAUGCGGUAUAACCGCUUUGAGUCUAUUCUGCGCUGUUUUCAUCUAAACGACAGCAGCAAGCUGGACACCACGGAUCGUUUGUACAAGCUUCGACCGUUUCUCGAGCUUUUGAAGGCCCAAUUCAAGCGUCACGGCGCAAUCGACGAAGACUUGUCUAUCGACGAAAGUAUGAUACCUUACCAUGGCAGGCACUUCGCAAAACAGUUUAUUCGAGGCAAGCCCAUAAGGUUCGGCUUCAAAAAUUGGGCUAUCUGCACAGCAAGCGGAUAUAUGCUGUCUUUCGAAAUAUACGUUGGGAAGACUGAAGGUCCUGCAAAGAAGUUCGUACUCGGAGGGGAUACCGUCCUGUCACUUCUGACAGGCGCUGAAAUCCCACCAAACUCCUGA